GGGGAGUGAAUUGGGAUUGCCACGGCAGGCGGCGGCGGCGGCGGUUCCGGUGGUUGGUCUUUUUCCGCCGCUGUCCGCAGCGGCUCCGGCUCCUCCAUGGCUGCUGCAGCCCCUGGCGCGGUUCUCCCUGCCGUGCUGGUAGAGGGGGAGGCGGUGGCCGUGGAGGCCAGGCCCGGAGGCUUGGGAUCCCCGCCUCUCUGAGGAGAAGGAGCCGAAAUGGCAACGCCGGCCGCCCAGGUGAUUCCUUAACUUUCCUGAUCACUGUUUCUGAGGACUUUCUGAAUGAACAUUCCUGUUACUCUCAAACUGCUGGAGAUGGCAAGUCCAGCAGUCAGCCCUGACUCUUCUUCCCAUGAAGCGCUCUCUUCUGUCAACUCUGUGCCUGCAUGUUCCCCUACUUCCGACUCUGAGAACCUGAGCCCAGAUGAAUUGGAGCUAUUGGCCAAGUUGGAAGAACAAAACAGGCUUCUGGAAGCUGAUUCAAAGUCAUUACGCUCUAUGAAUGGUUCUCGAAGGAAUAGCGGGUCAUCUUUGGUAUCCAGUUCUUCUGCAUCAUCCAAUCUGAGCCAUCUUGAAGAGGAUACCUGGAUUUUAUGGGGAAGGAUUGUCAAUGAAUGGGAAGAAUGGCGGAAAAGAAAAGAGAAAUUACUCAAGGAACUCAUAAGGAAAGGAAUCCCUCACCAUUUCCGGGCAAUCGUUUGGCAGCUUUUGUGCAGUGCCACAGACAUGCCUGUGAAGAAUCAAUAUUCAGAGUUGCUGAAAAUGUCUUCUCCUUGUGAAAAGCUAAUCAGAAGGGACAUUGCCAGAACAUACCCUGAACAUGAGUUCUUCAAGGGGCAAGACAGUCUAGGCCAGGAGGUUCUCUUCAAUGUUAUGAAGGCUUAUUCUCUAGUAGACCGUGAGGUUGGGUACUGCCAAGGUAGUGCAUUCAUCGUGGGACUACUACUUAUGCAGAUGCCUGAAGAAGAGGCCUUCUGUGUAUUUGUACGGCUGAUGCAAGAAUAUAGAUUACGGGAAUUGUUCAAACCCACUAUGGCUGAGUUAGGACUUUGCAUCUACCAAUUUGAAUACAUGCUGCAGGAACAACUGCCUGAGCUGAAUAUCCACUUCCGCUCCCAAAGCUUUCUUACCUCUAUGUACGCAUCAUCCUGGUUUCUUACACUCUUCCUCACUACUUUUCCUCUGCCUGUGGCCACACGAGUAUUUGACAUCUUCAUGUAUGAGGGAUUGGAAAUAAUCUUCCGUGUAGGAAUGGCUCUUCUACAAUUCAACCAAGCUGAACUGAUGCAAUUGGACAUGGAAGGGAUGUCACAGUAUUUUCAGAAGGUGAUUCCUCAUCAGUUUGACAGCUGUCCUGAUAAGUUGAUCUUAAAGGCCUAUCAAGUCAAAUACAACCCUAAGAAAAUGAAAAGACUGGAGAAAGAGUAUACUGCAAUCAAAAACCGGGAGAUGGAAGAACAGAUUGAAAUCAAGAGGCUCCGUACUGAGAAUCGCCUUCUGAAACAGCGAAUUGAAACCCUGGAGAAGGAGAGUGCUGCCUUGGCAGAUAGAUUGAUCCAGGGUCAAGUUACCCGUGCACAGGAGGCUGAGGAGAACUACAUUAUCAAGCGGGAGUUAGCAGUUGUGAAGCAGCAGUGCUGCUCAGCCACAGAGAACUUGCAGAAGGCGCGAAGCACCAUUCAGCAACUUCAGGACCAACAAGGAAAUCCCCGCUUCUCUGAGGAGUUUGUGAGCCAUCUGGAAACAGAACUGGAGCAAUCCCGCUUGAGGGAGUCUGAGACUCUGAGUGCUCUUAAAGAGAUGCAGGAUAAAGUCCUGGAGAUGGAAAAGAAAAACAGCUUGCUUCCAGAUGAAAACAAUGUGGCCCGUCUGCAGGAAGAACUGAAGGCUAUGAAGGUGCGGGAGUCUGAGGCAAUGAAAUCCUUCAGAGAGCUGCAACAGCAGGUGAAGGAGCUCAAUGACAAUUGGCAGGCCCAUCUGAGCCGGACUGGUGGGCGAUGGAAGGACUCUCCCCGAAAGAACACAAUGAACGAUCUCCAGGAUGAACUGAUGAACCUCCGUCUGCGGGAGACACAGGCCCAGGGUGAGGUCCGGGAACUGCGUCAAAGAGUGGUGGAGCUUGAAACCCAGGAUCAGAUUCACAGCAACCUCCUCAGUCGGAUGGAACAGGAGUGUUCUGGGCUGCAUGAAAAGGUGCAGUAUCUCACUGCCCAAAACAAAGGGCUGCAGACACAGUUGAGUGAGACCAAGCGCAAGCAUGCUGAAUCUGAGUGCAAGAGCAAAGAAGAAGUUAUGGCUGUUCGCCUGAGAGAAGCUGAUAGCAUGGCUGCUGUUGCAGAGAUGCGGCAGAGGAUUGCUGAACUGGAAAUCCAGAGAGAAGAAGGAAUGAUCCAAGGUCAACUCAACAAUUCUGACUCCUCCCAAUACAUUCGUGAACUCAAGGAGCAGAUUGAUGAACUCAAGGCAGAGAUUCGUCUGACGAAAGGACAGAAGCCUUUUGAGGACUCUAUGGGCUUUGAUGGUAUACAUAUUGUGAGUCAUCUGGCAGUGGAUGAUGACUCGCUACAUUCUUCAGAUGAGGAAUUGCUGACCAGCCCUAUGGUAGUGGGUGCCCUGCAGGAUGUCUUGUACCCACUGUCUCCCCACAACACACAUUUUCUGCAUGGCACUGAAAGCUCUGGUAAGGAGAGUGAUGGCACCACAGAUAGCGAUCCAGACGACCCUGCCUCUGCCACUGAGGCCAAUGGCGCGAUCAUCUUUGCAGAGGCCCUGGGCAACUGAGGAGUGGUGUUGCCAUCCCAGCUCCAUCUGGAAGGCAGCUGAUCCACUGGCUAUGCUGUACUGAGGAGUCAGGGACCAAAUGGAACUGAGUCUUCUGCCCAGUGACUGUCAUGCCUCAGAUGUGGCAUGGUGUGCCCCACAUGAACUAUAUUGAUUGUUGUCAGCACUGCCUUUUUUCAGCUUUGUCACUGGGAGUUAAAAUCCAAAUCCAGGUAUUGGUCUCAUCCAUGUCCUGCUUUCCACACUUUUUUCCUUCUCUACACAAAGGUUUGCACAGAGGAGAACUUUGAAGGGGCAGCAGAAGCAGUCAAUCCACUGAUUCCCUAAAAUACAGCCCAGUUGUAUUCAGUCUGUCUCCUUGCUGUGCUUGGAGAAGGGAAAGGGGUUAGUCUUCCCUUUAUUUAUAUUUGUCUCCUAGCAUGCUGCUCUGCAUCCAGAGGAGAAAACUGAGUGCCUCCAUACUUGUUUGUAAUUUUCCACCCUGAAAAAAGGACAGGAAAGGAAAGUAAGCUUCUGAAGAGGUGAUUGAGGGAGUGAGGGAGAUAAUAUUUUUGUUCCUUGUGUGUUAUUUAUUUCUAGAGUGCAAUUACUAAUCCAUCUCUUUGAAAAGGUCACUGAUUUGGAGGGCUUUUAUGGAGUAGCAGAAACUGCUUCUGUACCUAAACAUACAUUUUCUAUUUAGUUAUGUAAAGGGAUAUUCACUAACUCCACUUUUGUAGUCAUCUUUUCAAACACUGUUUUUUGCAGUAUUCUGGCUCAGUGCCCAAUUUGACUCAGGCAGGAGGGCAAUCCUUCAAUGCAUGCGUACUCACACACACACACACACACACACACACACACCCCUAGGGGGAAAAGAUACAUUAGUAAGAUGCUCCUUGAGUCAUGAAAUCAGUAUUAAUUGCUAAACUUUCAGGCAGCUAAGAGUUUGACAAAUGAAGUUACUAUGUGGAGAGAGAGAAAUACAGUGGAAUGUCCAGAUAGCUGGUUCUGCCAAGACAAAAAAAAAAAAAUGGAAGCCCCCAGGGGCUCAAAUUUGAAUUACACAUCAAGUAAAAAUGAGGUUCCUAGUAUUGCCUUUGCCUCCAAACACUAGUAGGGUAGGGGUAGCUGGGGAGAACCAGCAAAAAAGGUAUGCCUAUCCCUUUGUGCUUUUAUUGAUGAUUCUGUGCAGAUGUUCCCCGGUUCCUUUAAGCACUGGGCACAUUUGCUUGUAUAAAAUGUAGUUCUGCUCCAAGCAGCAAUUCCUUGUGGAAGUGAGCCUCUUCUUGAAGUGUGUGUGUGUGUGUGUGUUUAUGGGGGGUGGUUGGGGGCAAGGCAGGGUGGGGAAAAGAACAUGUUUUCUUAACAAGAUUAGCUUCUAACAGCAAAAGGAUUGCCAGCAGCCCACUUAAUGACAGUUGGUAAAUAAAGAACCCAUAAUUUACUUGGGGCUUCCAUUGAAGAAGAGUUUAAAUAAAACUGUACAGUGAUGCUUACCUCAGUUGGAAAUACUGCAGUCAUUGCAAUGCUAUUUGUAAUUCAGUUCAUAUUCAGUUAGCUGCAAAAAGGUUUGUUUUCCACAAAGUGGGGGGCGGGCGCAUCAGUAGUUGAAAAAAAUCAGUGGAGCAUUACUUAGGAGCACUUCAUGUUUUUUGCAGCUAGAAAUAAUGCUGCAGUUGAUACUCAGAUACCUUCUCUUCAUUUUUAGGGUACAGAACGGAAAACUGCUUAAUUUUGUUCCCUUUCCUUAACAGAGUCCAGGUUUAAGAGUAUUAAAGCUACUCUGCCAUAGCAUGUUUUUGGGGAAUUGGUGCAGCACCCGGACAUCACCGGGACUAAGAUUCCAGACUCUACCGCACCAAAAAAUAGGGCAAGACAGCUUUAUGGAAAAUGCCUUUGAAAGACAUGCAGUACUGUUUCUUUCCAUUUAAAUUAGGGAGGUGUGCUGUUUUGAAAUAUUUAGCAUUGCAAGGUGUCUGAAUAAAGGUAUUAUUACAAAUGAUAAUGUUACAGCUGAGAAUAAAGAUCACCUGCACUAGAAGAUGGAAAGGGUUUCACAGAAGGUCUAUGAAAGAGGCUGGGCAGAUGCAGAACGUCGAAGAUGUAAGGCUUUGACCCUGCCAAGAAGGUAGGCAAUUUUGUUAAGCAAGAUCUCUGGUUGUGGAGGGCCAUCUAUGAAGAGGUUCAGGUAGUUUUUGAAUUGGAGAAUGAAAUAUUCCUCCCCUCAGGGAAGAGGGCCAUUUCUUGCUAUGGACGUAUUUUCUUCAUCCUUUGCUCAAUUUUAUUUCCUUUCUCAUCUGUAGCAAAUUAAUAUGCCUUUUAAUUUUACCUAACUUGUAAAGCCUGCAACUUUAUUAAUAACUGAAAAUGUUCUGUAUCAGACACAUAGACCUCUCUUUUUGGAAGAGUUCCCCAUGACCCUUCCCUUGGCAUGAGUUUGGAAGGGAUUUGUAAGGGAGAAGCUGCUUGGAUUUUCCAAGUGCUUUUUCAGCUCCCAAGUCAGUGAGGGUAAACCAGCAUUUGUGAAGCAGGAAAAUAAAACCUGCAUCUGCCUAGCCACCUACCACAUGGCUGGCCCUGAACUAUUGAACACACACACACACACACACACACACACACUUACAUAAUAUGCCCAGGGAAAGGCACCAGUUUGGCAUAGUCUUGCAUAUAUUACAUACACGUUUUACACACAUACACAUACACCCACGCUACACUGUAUUACUAAAACUUUGUAAUUUGCCCUUUCAUUAUUCAGUCUCACAUAGAGGUAAUCAGAAUAAUAUGUGGUCCAGAUGAGUUCAGUUUGCACUGUUGUUUUGAUCUGCUUGUAUCAAUCUGAAGCUCCCCUCCCCUCCCGCUAGCAGUGGGCACAUGUUUGCAGUGUUGGAUGGCUUGUGAAGCUGUUUGCCAGUUGUGCAUAAUUCCUAGCAGUUGUGGAUACUUGUUUUGUGUAGUGCUAUCUGAAUGCUUACUGCCUCCAAAAUUACACGUUAGGAAGACCUUUAACUAAUGCUACUUCUAAAUAUGAAGUAACUCCAUUGACUUUAGUGUUCCAUAAUUACACUGGAGUAAAUGAGAGAAGGUGGUUCAAACCAUAUCCAAAUUGUUUUUUCAAUUUGGUUCAAGAUGUUAUUGUUAAACUUAGUCUUCAUUCAUUUAGCUGAUUUAUCCUUUAAGGUUCAUUGUGGCAUAACCCUGACUGAAGUGAAGUCUGUUAACCUCUUCUAUACAAAUUGUUCACAUUACUGAAGCUUUUUUCCAGUGUUUAGAUCGUGGCUGUAGAGCCUUUUAAUACAGUUUAUUAAAUGAUGCCACAAAAUCUGACUUCCCCCUCUCCACUGCUUCUAUACCUGCAACUGUAUAGAAGCUUGAAGAAAAUGAUAACUUUCUUUUUCUUCCAUGCCAGCAGUUACUAGGAACUACAGGAUAUAUAAAAAGUGUUUUGGUCUAAUUUCUCAGAGUAGAUCCAUGGAACUUCGGAGCACAAGAGUUGAAUCCUCCUUUUGCAGAUUCCCAGGAGAUAGUAUUGAUUUUUAUCCUGUUGGAGCUCUGGAUGGUAAACAUAAAACCAUGUGAUAAAAGUUAUUAUAUCAGAUAACUUGCAAUGAAACCUUUCGAAAAUUAAUAAUAAUGUAAGUAUUAGGAGCAAGAGACUGGGCGAGUGAUAGGAAUUUUAAUUUCAUUACAGCAAAGUGCAGGAAACUCAGCUGUUCAAGUUGGCAUAAUCUGUUGCUUUUGGUUGAGUUUGGUUAGAUACCAAAUGUCAUGAAUAAACCACAGUAUACUGAAUUACAUUAGGUCAUGAAAAACAUAGCCUUGAUUCUAGUGGAAUGAGCUUGAUUUACCAAGUGAACCAUGUGUCUAGUUCUUCAAAAAGAAUCCAUUUUCAUCAAGAUACCCAUGACCCCCAGCCCAGACCCAUUCCUCUGCUGGAUAUAAAUUACAAUAUCUCCAAGAAAUUUUCUUUUUUCUUUUUGAAAGUGCAGGCCUACUGAAAACUAUCCAUCCAUAGAAUCCAUGGCAAGCAUGUUAUAAGAAAAGUGCAGCCAGCCAAUCCUGGUAACCUGAGAAUCAAACACUUGUUUUUGAUCUGUAUCUUAGAGCAAAACUAUCUGCCUAAUUAGGGUUUUUUUUUAAUUUGUAGGAACUUUUCUGAACAUGGUUAUGAGUUUCCAAGACAAACUAUAUGUAAGCCAGUCAUUUGCUUCUGUUUUUAAAUUUUCUUUUGCCCUUGGCAUGAAGUAUUAUAAACAAAUUUUAAAGGAUGAAGCCAGUUCUUAAUGCAGUGGUUCUUGUGCGGAUUCUUCCCUUGCAUUUCCUUUUGUGGCUAUUCUUCGGGCCUUUAUUCUUUCCCCAGUGAAGGUGCCAAACCCACUCAGUCCUUUGACAUAUG